CUGCCUUUCUUUUUUAACUUGCGCUUUCGGUUACCGUCGUUCGAAGGCUUUGCUCUCUCUAGGGUAUUAGCAUAAUUCUCUCGAAUCCGGCGUCGGACCUGCUGCUGUGGUCUUGCAUCUUCGCGAAGGCCGCGAUCGAUUUCUGAAGAUGAAGAUUUUUGUCAAGACUCUCAAGGGCUCGCACUUCGAAAUCGAAGUUCAGCCUGAAGAUAUGGUUGCUGAUGUGAAGAAAAACAUAGAAACUGUUCAGGGUGCUGAUGUUUACCCUGCUGCUCAGCAGAUGCUUAUCCAUCAAGGGAAAGUCCUUAAAGACGGCACAACACUGGAUGAAAAUAAAGUUUCCGAAAAUAGUUUUAUUGUAAUAAUGUUAACAAAGAAUAAAAGUUCAUCGGGUGGGACAUCUUCUACCACACAAGCUGCGCCAGUAUCGAAGGCACCACAGAACACUGCCCCUGCACCUGCUGCCACUCCAGUGUCAACGUCGGAAGUUCCUCUACCAACAUCAGCACCGCCUGCUACUGUUACCGACUCUUCUCCUCCCGCUCCUCCGGCUCUGGCUCCAGCUCCAGCUCCAGCUACAGUUCCUGCAACCCCUGUUUUGGCAGAAUCCGAUGUCUACAGCCAAGCAGCUUCUAACCUGGUUGCUGGUAGUAACUUGGAGGACACUAUCCAACAAAUUCUUCUCAUGGGCGGAGGGAUUUGGGACAGAGACACUGUUGUUCGAGCUCUUCGUGCUGCUUACAAUAAUCCAGAAAGGGCUGUUGAUUACCUUUAUUCUGGAAUACCUGAACAACUUGAAACCCCACCUGCUGCUGGAGUUCCGUCUACUGUGCAAGCGACCAACCCUUCAGCCCAACCUGCACAGCCAGCCCAACCUGCACAGCCAGCCCAGCCUGCAUCUGUGACGUCAACUGGCCCAAAUGCUAAUCCAUUAGAUCUCUUUCCUCAGGGUUUGCCUAAUAUAUCUUCCGGAGCUGUUGGUUCCGGCAGUCUUGAUUUUCUACGAAAUAGUCCUCAGUUCCAAGCUUUGCGAGCAAUGGUGCGAGCUAAUCCUCAGAUACUCCAGCCUAUGCUUCAAGAGUUGGGUAAACAAAAUCCUCAGUUGAUUAGGCUUAUUCAAGAUCAUCAACCUGACUUCCUCCGCUUGAUUAAUGAGCCCCUUGAAGGAGAAGGGAAUAUACUUGGGCAGCUUGCUGAGGCUAUGCCGCAGGCUAUAACUGUAACCCCGGAGGAGCGUGAAGCCAUUCAACGGCUUGAGGAUUUGGGCUUCGAUAGAGCUCUAGUAGUGGAGGUUUUCUUCGCCUGCAACAAGAACGAGGAAAUGGCUGCCAACUAUCUUUUAGAUCAUAUCCACGAAUUUGAGGGUAAUCAGAAUUAGUCCAUUCUCCUGCCGAUUUUAAUAAACCCCAAAAUAUAUAUAUAUAUAUGAAGACAGCCAAUCCAACAUCAAAACAAAAAGAAAAGAAUCUGUAUUUAUCCGUUGUGCUCCCCUCCGAUCUCUGUCUUUCUUUUCGCCUUUGGCAACAUUGUGAAUUGUGCUUGCUGUGAACAUAGAUGUGAAGAUGCGUUUUAUCCUUUUUUUAUUUUUAUUUUAUUUUAAUUCGCAACCCAAUACUUCGAGGUUUGUGUCAAUGUAAUUUCUAUACUUCAACUGGAAUUCGACUUUUUAGUCUAUUAUUUUGUCAGUGCUGUUCCCUUUAGGCUUAAGGAUCGAUCAGACGUGUUCUGUUGUGAUUGAAAGUUCAAUGCGUUAUGUUAUCAUUGUCU